CAAAGUCGUAUCUAUAUAAAGAGUAGGUCGAUUGUAAUAAAAUUACUGUUCAAAUUCGCAGUUUUGGUGGAGAAUGGAUUUCAAAAGACUCAUUUUAUUUUCCGCACUUCUGGUUGCUUCCUUGGCUUUAGAAAAUGAAUUUACAGAGAAAACGACGUAUCAAGACAAAGGAGAUGAUGGGAACAUUCACGAAAUAGCUAAAACACCCGAUACCGACAAGAAGAUGGAGGAUAUUUUAGUUCGUAUGGAACAACUCGAAGCCCGAGAGAAAGUACGAGAGAAGACGUAUAUGAAAGAGAUACAACACUUACGGCGUCAACUAUUCAUCCAAACCCGACGAACUUCAUCUCUAGAAAGACUUGUGAAAAGUAUGUACAAGAAGGAUUCAAGCCAUGUAAUCCAAGAACCUGAAGGCAAUGAACAACGAAUCAAGUCACCGGGGGUUCAGUCAAUUAACGUACAAGAAAGCCAAAGGAUUCGCCGAGCUGAAAACGAACAUCCAGUCGCCUUCUUCGCUUCACUUAAUCAGCAUCUCACUAACGUUGGAGCUCAUCAGCCAAUUACCUUUAAUAACGUCGUAACAAACAUCGGCAAUGCUUACAACAGUCAUUUUGGUUCCUUCAUUGCUCCAGUUCCUGGUACGUACGUCUUCUCAGCAACUCUCCUGUCACAUUACCAUUCAAAGUACCAUGCACAAUUUGUCAAAAAUGGACAAGGAAUAACAUAUAUGAUAAUGAGCGGUUCAGAAUCAGAUUAUGGAACAAUGAGCCAAACAGUUGUACUGCAGCUUCAGAAAGGUGACGAUGUCUGCGUCCAAAACCUCCGCUCAGAGGGGCCAAUAUACGGGGACAACUAUACUACAUUCUCUGGAUUUCUGCAACAGGAAGAUUUCUCAAGUGUAGAAAUUGUCGGAAAAUAACGCGAUUUUAUCAACCGUAUUGCUAUUUUCAAUAUAAAAAUGUAAAAAAGAAACAAAUAUACCCUUUUAAACACUU